AUGUCAGCGCAAGGAAUAAACAAGUUACAGCUCCACUUCGACAAGUACGAGGAAACGGUCGAGAUCGCAUAUGCCACUCUCAUACUCAAGAGACCAACAUUAUGGUGUGUGGUCGUACUCGGACUUAACGCUACCGUUUGGCAAGUAUACUCAUUCAUACAUACAUAUAUAUAUGGGGUCUUUACCAACCCAUACAUACCGCUCCUCACGUUGGUAGCAUCAGGAACUGGUCUGUAUGUGUUGCUCUCAGAAAUACUUGUCCAUAGUAAUACCAAUACCAACUUAAAGGAUGCAUCAAAGAGUAUAUUACAGCCACUACACAACAGACUUGAGAAAGAAUUUGCUCAGCCCACACCGGUCAAAUACUCCGAAAUAUGCAAUAGGCUCAAGAUCCGUAUACAAUGGUUGCGUGAUUCUGUAUCAAAAUUCCGCAAGGAUAAUCCACGAUUGUAUUUGGCAGUUGUGCUCAAUACAUGUUUCCUCCUUGCACUUCUCGGAAAGCUAAUGUCGCCCAUGAAACAAGCUGUCCUCAUUGUAAAUUCAUUGCUGUUGAUUCCGCCGUUAAUACAUUACGAUGCGAUAACCAAAUUCCAGACUUUGUGUGAAAACCAACAUUUGGUUGAAGUAUGGAAAUGGUUAAAUGAUACAGUACUCAAACUUCCGACUCAAAGCUCACAGAACGCCGACUUGCUCUUCCAAACAAAUGUUGACUCCAUAAGACCGUAUUCCCCUCCAAGCAAUUAUCGCGAAGAGGCCAUUACUGCAACCGGACGACUGGUGCCAGGAAAUAGAAUAGAGCAUGAUAAAAUGGUACCGUCAAGCAAUAUCACGGAGGAAGAGAAAAGGAGUAGCAUAGGAAGCCGGAGGAAAAAGGACCAGAAGGAUAGGAGCGAAGAUAUUGAAUUGGGUGAGCGAAAGGUUGUAAUAGUCGAGGUGAAGAAAUUGGAAGCGGAGACGGUAAAUGAACAAGAGAAUGCAACAAAAGGAGUGGUAAAAGAAGAUACGGCAAAGAAGGAUGUGGAUAUGGAUGAAGCGAAAGGGCAAUUGGAACAGACGAGGCAACCAGAGGAGAAAAAAGACGAUAGCAGCGUGAUGCCAUCAUUCCUAACCUCUGAAGACAAACCAUCUGAAGUCUUUCAACAAGAUUCACUCGUUAUUCAAAAUCUGCCACCGCCAAUCCAAACUGAACAGGAUCACGGUUCAGAGACCCCUAAAUUUGAAACUAAAGACCAUAUGUCCAUGUCUGUUGUCGGCGAAAAGAUUAAAGAAGCACUUGCGGAAUCUACAGCCGCUCUUGCUCCUGCUGAUGGUAACGACCUGAAUGAUUCUGUCCUCGACGGUGAAUGGGAGAAAGACUUUGAUGAUAUUAAGGAGGACUAA